AUGGCUGACCCCCUGUCUUUGAGUGCCGAUCACAGCGAAAAGAGCGACGGUGGCAGCGACAAGGUCGAGAUCAUAGAGAAAAAGGCAGGCUUUGUGUGGUCCACGUUGUUGACGCUCGACCUCAUUCAAUCAAGAAGUAAGCGCGACCCACUCUUCAGCGACAUAAAUUAUAAAAAGAAAUCCAUCUGGCAGCAAAUCGCGUCGGACAUAGAAGAAAAUAACCCCGAACUCGAUCAAUCCUAUCCAACGGCGGAGCAGUGCGAGAACAGGUGGAAAAGCCUGCUCCGUGGUUACAAGGCAUUUGUCGAUUCGCAAAACCAAACCGGAGCUGACAGGAAGAAGGAGCCUGCAUUCUACAGUGAAAUGAAUGCGGUCCUGGGAGAGAAGCCCAACGUCCGGCCACAGUGUGUUGCCGGAUCUUUGCCAGCAGCUGCCCAACCUAUAAAACGGGCUGCUAAUGCAGCGAUUGACGAUGGCGAUGCAGCGCAAGAUGAUGGUGGAGAACAAGAAGCAGUUACCACUGCAGUACCGACGAAGAAACGCCGACGAUCCUCGACCAACAAGCCACAACAGUCUGAGGCGUUUCAAUGGCUCAAGGCAGAGCGCGCCGAGGAGAAGGCAACGGCUGCCAAGCAGCAUACAGAUCAAAUAUCUGUUCUGAACAGACUUGCUAGUGCUGUCGAGAAAUUCAGCAGCAUUUAA